CAGGCUACUUACAUUCCAGUUGCUUGGUUUUCAAUUAACAAUUAUUUCAUACAGAGAAUACAUACUUUGGCAACAUAAUAUAUUAAUACAAAUUCAAGAAUGUAUAGCAAUCUGAUGUAGUGUAUGAAGUGAACAAACUGCACCCCUUUAGUCCUGUGAAAUGGUUUGUUCCAAAAAUGGUAGAAGCAGCGUGUGAAGAAGGAGUCGGCGUGGAUAAACAACAUUGACCAUUUUUUAUAUUUAAAUCCCCGUAAAUUACACUUUUAGCGCGAGAUAAACUGUAACAAACGUUUUUGUAAAAACAAUUUUGAAGUGUGUUCACAGCGGUCCAAUUGAACUAUGCCUAAUAAAAGGAAGAAGGCAUUUAUUGACAAGAAGAAAGCGGUGACCUUCCACCUGGUCCACAGAAGUCAGAGGGACCCCCUCGCUGCUGACGAGAAAGCACCGCAGCAUGUCCUCCUACCCGCACAAAAGGUGGAGGUGGAGAAGCGGCAAGAGGAGCAGAGGGAGUUUGGGGUGUUUUUCGACGAUGACUACAACUAUCUGCAGCACCUGAGAGAAACGGCUCGGCCCGUAGAGUGGGCUUCAUCUAGCAAAUCACAGAGAGGCAAACGUACCCAUGACCUCCAGGAUGGGGAUGAUGAUGACGAAGAUGAGGAGGAGGAGGAGGAAAAGGUUACUCCUACCGUCUCCUUCAACUUGCCCUCCUCUGUGUUUGCGUCAGAGUUUGAGGAGGAGGUGGGAAUGUUGAACAAAGCUGCCCCCAUCUCAGGACCCAGGCUGGACAUGGACCCAGACAUCGUAGCUGCUCUCGAUGAGGACUUUGACUUUGACGACCCAGACAACAUGCUGGAUGACGAUUUCAUUUUGAAGGCCAACGAUGUCAAUGGAACUGUUGGCGUGGGUGACGAUGAUGAAGAGUGGGAGGAUACAGAGGAAGAAGAGAGCGACUCUGAGGGGGACGUUGCCUCUGGUGAUGAGGAUGGCGAGGGGCGCCCCAGGGAGUUCAUGUUCAUGGACGAGGAGACAAAAACUCGCUUCACAGAAUACUCCAUGACCUCGUCAGUCAUGAGGAGGAACGAACAGCUCACGCUGCUGGACGACCGCUUUGAGAAGUUUUUCGAGCAGUUUGACGAGGAUGAGAUUGGGGCCCUGGACAACGCUGAGCUGGAAGGGCAUAUCGAGCCAGACAGUGCUCGCCUGGAGGAGGUCAUCAAAGACUACUUCAAACAGAAGGAGUUAGACUACCAGAGGCCUGACGCCCUGGGUCCUAAAGAGCUGCCAGUGGUGAGGGAGGAGGAGGAAGAUGAGGACGAAGAGGAACAGGAGAUGGAGACCAUUGUCCUGACGGCACCAGCAGAGAAGUGGGACUGUGAAACCAUUAUCAGUACCUAUUCGAAUUUGUAUAACCAUCCAAAAAUCAUCAAAGAUCCACCAAAGGCCAAGCCCAUCCGAGUAUCCACCAGGACAGGCAUUCCUCUGGACGUCCUUCCCGGGAGGGGCCUGACAGCCAAGCAGGCUGAGCGCAUGGAGCGUAUCAACGACUCAGACCUGCCCCGCGUCGCCACACAGCACCGGCCUCGCGAGGAGAGCAAGGAGGAGCGGAAAGCCAGGAAACGGGCCAUCAAAGAGGAGCGCAAGGAGCGAAGAACAGAAAAGAAGGCCAACAAAGAGGCGUUCAAACAGGAAAAGGUCUAUCAAGAGAAACAAAUGUUGAACCUGCGUUCCAACGUCCAGGGUCUAAAGCUGUCUUAGCUGCCCAAAUGGAAGAUGAAUUGGGACUGACUUUGUGCUCAUCCUCUUAACUGGUUUACUGAUGAAUAACAACCCUGCAACUGCCAUUUUGCAGAGGACUCCAACACAAGAGGACUAUGGGCCGUGUGACAUUCUUUGCGAAGUGUUCAGAGAUUGAUGUAGCCUGGUCCCAGAUCUGUUUGUGCUCUCCCCAACCCCUAUGGUCGUCACAGUAAGAGUCUGCAAGACUGCACAAACAGAUCUAGGACCAGGGUAAUUCAGAUGUUGUUUUUUUUUAUAGAUCAACUGUUCUGAAGGUAGCAUGUCAAUCAUCAGAGUGCAGUUCACAAACCAUUCUACCUUAUACAAUAAAGCUAAAGAUUCUUUUUGGGGGGUUUUUGUCGAGAAGAAUUACAGAAAAUAAAAGUCAGUGGAUAUCUUUAGUAAA